AUGAGGAAAGCUAGCUGGAGUAGAAAGAACUUUCUGCUUGUGGCAGGACUGUCACUUAUAGGUGUCCAUUUUGGAAGCAUGCUUGUCAACUUUGUUGCAAAAAAAUCUGUUCGAUCACAUUCAGAAGCUAAAAAAGAUAGUCAUGAAUGAAAUAGCUUACUGCUGUUGUCCUAUAUCAAUUUCAUAAUAGGAUGCAAGCCUCAUGUGAAGAGCUAGAUUGUGAGUUGUCACAGGAAUGCACUGUUUCACAUUUAAAAUAAUAAUCCUUAGCUGCAAAGAAUUAAAAUGUACUACUUUAAAUUUUAAAAA